GCCUUUCCCCGCCCUCCCCUCGCCGCCCGCCUCUCCCUUCCUUCGCGCGCCCUGGGGGCCUCCGCUGAGGAGAGCUGGCCCUGUUGAAUGACUGCCUGCCGCUUGGCCCUCAGGGCGGUCCCGCCGAGACCUCCUUUGCUCGCUCCUCCCUCCCCCGCGCUGGCUGAGCUGCCCGUGGGCUCCCCUCCGCCGGGCGGCCGGGCGACCUUCCUCCGCGCCUCGCUCGGCCGGCUGCUGCCGUGAGGCUGGGCUCCGGGGCCCGGUCAUGUUCGGGGCCCGCCCCGCUCGCCCGCCUCCCUUUCCCCUCUAUCUCACCCCAGCGUGAAGUGGUUCGAGAGUCUGGACUCGGGCCCAGGGUCCAAAUCCUCACUCGGCCACGAAGCUCCCUCGGGGCCCCCGGGCCAGUCACCGCUUCACAGGGUUGAGCCCUCUUUCCCCAACCCCCCACAGCGGUCAGGGCUGUCAGGGAAUCAGUGGACGGUGCUGUGAUUAGAGUGACAGACCUGGACCUGGGAGACCAGGGUUCCUUUCCCCACUCGCCCAUGAAGCUUGCUUGGUGACCUUGGGCCAGUCACUGCCUCUCAGCCUAAUCCUACUUUGCAAGGUUGUUGUUGGGAGCUGGAGAACUAUGGAAGCCACCUUACGCUCCAUGGAGAAAAUGGAAGAACAGGAAAUAUGCACACAGGGACAGGUGCCUUCUGAUGGUUCCAGUUGGAGGCCUACAGUUGUAGCGAGUGCCCACCCACCCCUCCCUUUUCCUCUUUUCCUUCCCCCCUCCCCUCCCUCCCUCAUCUGAAUCUCCCCUCCCCUCCCCACCACACAUGUUGUUGUGUACUUGCACUCACUAAUGACAGCGUGGAUCAUCCUCCCCAUUAGCCUCUCUGCCUUCUCGAUCACUGGAAUAUGGAUUGUGUAUGCCAUGGCAGUAAUGAACCACCAUGUGUGUCCUGUUGAGAACUGGUCAUAUAACGAGUCCUGCUCUGCUGAUUCUGCCAAGCAUGGAUACCCCAAAAGCUGCUGCACUUUGGAGGAUGUCCCUUUGAUCAGUAAAUGUGGCACGUAUCCUCCUGAAAGUUGUCUCUUCAGUCUUAUUGGGAAUGUUGGGGCUUUCAUGGUGCUGGUGAUCUGUUUCCUGCGCUAUGGGCAGCUGAUAGAACAGAGCCACAGUUCCUGGGUGAACACAACUGCGCUGAUCACAGGCUGUACCAACGCUGCUGGCCUGGUUGUGGUCGGCAAUUUCCAGGUGGACUAUGCCAAAUCCCUUCACUACAUCGGAGCCGGUGUGGCCUUCCCGGCAGGCCUGCUUUUUGUCUGCCUUCAGUGUGUCCUCUCCUACCAUGUUGCCAUCUCUGUCCUGGACUUCUGGAUGGCACAUCUACGUGUCUUCCUUACCACUGUGGCCUUAAUUUCCCUUGUCCUGAGUGGAAUCUUCUUCAUCCAUGAGAGCUUCCUCCUGCAGCACCUGGCUGCCAUCUGCGAAUGGGUCUUCGUCAUUGACAUCCUCAUCUUCUACGGCACUUUCACCUACGAGUUUGGUGCCGUCUCCAAUGACACCAUGGUGGCUGCACUGCAGCAUUCGAACAGCAGGGGGUGCAAAUCACCAGGCAGCAGCAGCACCUCAACUCACCUUAACUGUAACCCUGAGAGCAUCGCUAUGAUCUGAGGGAAACGGGUGGGGGUGGCUUUGCUUUCCCAUCCCACAUCCGGCAGCUUUGGUGCGCUGCCUUUUUUCCCCCAAUGGGGGAAGAGGGGCACCUUUUCCCUCCUGGGGAUUUUAAUUUUGUACCAAAAGAUUUUUUUUUAAAAGAAAAAUAUUAUUGCUGCCAACACUCCCCUCUAAUUCCCCUCUGUCGUUGCUCAGUGCUGCACUCUUAAGGGAGGAAAGACAGUGCCUAUUUGUCUAAGAGCACUGGAUGGCAGCAGGCAGAACUCUCAAAUAAGCCCCCACCUAUAUAGCUUGGAUCAUGACAACCUUACCUGAAAACCUGUCCUUGCUGGCAGCUAAGCUUUCUCACCCAAGCUACUGCACACACACUCUGGGUGUUUGGACUACAGUUCCCACCAGCAUGGCCAGGUGAUGCGGAGGCUGAUGGGAGUUGUAAUCCAAUGCACCUGGAGGGCAGCGGGAGGUUGGGGGAGGUUGCUGCAGAGCCUGGCCCUCUCGCUGCCCCCCAGGGCCUGCAAACCGGUGCCAAAGGAAACAGCUGUUUCCAGAUUCAUUUACAAGCAGAGCCAGACUCGUUUCCCAAAGGUGCUUGGAAUACAGUUUGGGUGCCUGCAGACAAUGGCUGCUCUUGGAAAAUAUGACUGCAUCUCACUGCCGCUCCCCACCUACUUUCCUUUUGGGGUGAUAGAGGGACCUUCGUGAGCUGCUUGAACAAAGAGGCAGGGAACAGGUGGGUUUAGUGAAUGAAGGAUACCCCUCACUACUCUCUGGGAGGUGACCACCACCUCCAUACUUUGGCCUGUAAGAAGUAAUGUGGUCUCGACGCAACAAGAAUAUUGAUGCACCUGGGGAAAACAGGGUGGAGAAGCAACAAAAGGAGACUCUGUCUUAGGGAGAAGACGAAUGUCCCCACCCCAGGACUUGGCACACUACCUAAGGCAGAUUUCCACGAUCUGUCCCAUAAGUAUCUGGGCUGAACAGGGAGGAGGAGGAUUCUGUUCCUCAGCCCCCCAUGUCUGAGCUGGUACGUUUGGGUAAAACUGUUUUGGUAUUUUUUAGAAGUUUUUUUUAUAUAUCUCUAUAUAAAAUGUGUAUAAAGAGAGUUGUAUCAGA